UUUGGGUUGACCUCAAUCCCUCCCCUCCCUCGCCCCCACACCCCCCGGACCUGGUGGACAUGGAGCUUAGGAGGUGGAAGCUGGCGCCGUGUUCCCCAGGUUUUACGCGCUGCAGAAAUUCAGAAUGUCCAUUCAUCACUCACUCCAUCGCGCCGUAUAAAAAGAUACACGCGAUGAAAGCGAAGGGAAAAAUAUCGUGCAGGAAACGGACCUCCUAGCGAGUGUGAAACAAAAGCACAUACAAAGGAUCUGUUGGUGGGCGCUAUGCUCCGGAUGGAGGGCAAACUGGGAUAUUAUCACACUCAAUGUUGUCUUUUUCGUUUCUUUUUUUUAACCGUUGCCUCUUUCAUAAAAAAACAUUCGGCUUAAAGCAGAAAAAAAGGGACAUUUCCUUGAGACCACUUUCCCUAACCUACCUUCAGAACGAAGCCAAACUGGCUGGUGUUGAAAACACUAUUCUCAUCGUAGAGUAGAAUUCGCUCUUACAUUCACUAUGAACACAAUCGGGAUAAAAGUACUGAUAUCAAAUUCCAUUGGGAAGCAAUUUUUGGAUCAUUAAUGCUGGCCAAAACGCUUCCGCACUUCUGAAAGGAGAGGAAGCUGGAAUCACAUCGCGGGUCUGUCAGUACGCAGAGGGGGCAGGCCUGAUCUCAGUUCUGGGGAAGAGUCUUCCUCCUCUGUUGAUGUCGGGGUUUCCCUUUACAGAAGCGAGUCCGUGUAUAUGUAUGUGUCCAGCACAGUAAACAGAAGUUGCUGGAAAAAACCUCAACAGGUCCGUCAGCAUCUGUGAAGAGAAAUCAAGAGUUAACGUUUGGCGUCCGGUGACCCCCUUCCUCAGAACCGAUCUCCAGCAUCUCUACUUUCUUUUAGAUGCGCUGUAUUUGUAAGUCACAUGUGAGUGUCGGUCCCAGAAGAAUCUCAGCAUACUCCGAAGAGUCCCUGUGUAUUUCCAUGUGGAGUUUAGUCCGUACACCCUCCGCUGGUUUAAUAAAUCCAGACUGAAGUCUUCCAUGAUGGCCACUUUAUUUCUGGGCCUGUUCCUGUUCUUGCUGCAGCCGGUAGCUGUGCCUUCCCGGCCGGUGUUUGAUCUGAGCCGGGUGCUGCCGCCUCCCGCCCUGCGCUACCUCGUACAGAACAGCGCGGGCAGCGGCGAGCCUUUCCGGGAGGUGGUCUUCCCGAACGGGACCAUUCAGCGGCUGCCUCAGACCAUCAUCAUCGGAGUGAGGAAGGGGGGGACGCGGGCUUUGCUGGAAAUGCUGAACCUUCACCCGGAGGUCCGAGCCGCUGACAGCGAGAUUCACUUCUUCGACUGGGAAGGCAACUACGAGAAGGGCCUCCAGUGGUACAGCCGCCAAAUGCCCGUCUCUUACCCCCACCAGACCACGGUGGAAAAGACACCCGCCUACUUCACCUCACACAAAGUGCCUGAAAGGAUCUACAAAAUGAACCAAACUAUUCGCCUCCUGCUCAUACUGCGAGACCCAACCGAGAGAGUGAUAUCGGACUACACUCAGGUCUUGUUCAACAGGAUGCAAAAACACAAGCCCUUCCAGUCGGUGGAGGAGCUGCUGGUCCGAGGGGGCCGCAUCAACGUUGACUACAAGGCGAUCAACCGCAGCUUGUACUACGUCCAUCUACAAAACUGGCUGAGGUACUUCCCGCUCAGCCAGAUCCACAUUGUGGACGGCGACCGGCUGAUCAGGGACCCCUUUCCGGAAAUGGAGAAAGUGGAGAAAUUCUUGAGGCUGUCGCCGCGGAUUAACAGGUCCAAUUUUUACUUCAACAAAACGAAGGGAUUUUACUGCCUCCGGGAUGGGGCCAGGGAGAGGUGCUUGCAUGAGUCUAAAGGGAGAACGCACCCGCGAGUAGACUCCGCUGUGCUCAACAAGUUACACGGCUUCUUUAGUGAACCAAACCGCAAAUUCUUCGACUUGGUUGGCAGAACAUUCGACUGGCAUUAAAUUAAUGUCUCUCUUUUCUAAAACCCCAUGAUAUACAAUGUACAGAAUUAUUCUGAAAUAGUAAUUUAAGUGGAUUUCCUUAGUACGAGUAACUGUACAAUAUGACAAGUAGACCAAUCUUUAUUCAGAGCUAGUUAUAUUUUUCUACAUUGUCGCAACGAUGGUGUAAAGCCCAGCUUCCCAAUGUGAGAUAACAAGGUAUAGAGCUGGAUGAACACACCAAGACCCUUCGGGCCUAGGCCCUUUCCGAUGUGCGUCCUGUUUGUUUGAUUAGUUAUGUAACGGAACUGCAGAGAGACACGGGGGUAUGCUAAAUGAAUGGGCGUGGAGAGAAGGGGGCUGGAAUCGGUAUGGUUUGGUGUGUUUCGCGGGAAGGAAAGGCCGGAACCAUGUCGUUUAAUGUUGGAAUUCCAUAUAUCCCUAAUUCCUCUUUCUCGUUUGCAAGCAAACGUUCCGUGCCCCCACCCCAAACAAGUGCAAUAUUUUGCUGGAGUCAUGUUAUUCACAAGGUGUUGUACAGACGCUGCUAUUGUUGGUAGCAUUAAGCACUUCUCACAACUGGAACUGGCUCUGCACCGAUGGCAAGCGUUUGAUGGGGUCCCCAUCAGACUGAGAGCGCCAUUUAUAUAUUUACUACUAGUUCCCACUGUUCUGCAGUUUUAUUUUGGGUUUAUUUAUUUAUGCAGGAGAGCAGUAAAGACGAACUUUGUUUUGUAACGAGUAUCCAUGCAAUCUGGUUCUGGAUACUGUCAGUUUUUUUUGUAAUCUACGGAUUUUCGGCUAAUAUUGUAUAAAUAGACCGUAAUCUAUGAAAUAAAGCAACAGUGUUUGUAACAUUGA